AUGCGGCCCGUGCUCUUCCUGAUUUUGGCAGGGGACGAGGAGGAGUGCCCGACGGGCUCGCGCUGCAUGCCCGUCGACCUGUGCCCCGGCGCCGCGCAGCCCAUGGGGCCCUAUGGACGAGGGGUGGGCGUGGGCCACGGGUGGGUUCCGCGGCGGCGCUACCCCGCGCGCUGCGCCUCCGUGCUGCCCGGCGCUCGCGUCUGCUGCUGGUCCCCCUACCAGCCCAGGGUCAGGAGGUCCCAGCCAAGAAGUCAAAUCCCCAGCAACCAAGCAAAUCUGGCACUUUUCGUUGUCGGCGGAGAGCUAGCUCUGGAAGAAGAAUUUCCAUACAUGGUGGCCAUUGGCUACAUGAGAGGUUCGAACAGCGCCGGUGGAAACCUCGUGUGGGGCUGCGGGGGCAGCCUCAUCAGCGACCGCUACGUCCUCACCGCCGCCCACUGCAUCACCGACGCCCAACGAUUUAACCUACGUCCAGCAGCUCUUCGGAUGGGCGUGAACAACUUGACCCAAGGGCCGCAACUGCCCACCGACUAUUCCGUUGCGAACAUAACUCUGCACCCUCGCCACCGCGGAGACCUCAAGUACUUCGACCUGGCGCUUCUGCGCACCGACCGGCCCGUCUCCUUCACCGCCCGCCAGCGGCCCGUGUGCCUGGAGGCCCCGGACACCCGCAUCGACGCCCAGACUCGCCUUGAAUCGACAGGAGUGACAGCUUGAAGAAGGCCGACUUGCGAGUGGUGGAGAUGGAGCAGUGCAGGACCUUCAUCCAGCAGCGACGGGACCUCCCACGCGGCCUCGACGACACUAUGAUCUGCGCUGCAGAACCCCAGCGGCAGGCAGAUACUUGCACGGGUGACUCCGGAGGCCCGCUGGCUGCACGAGGGCCGCAGGGCGAUGUGCUGGUGGGCGUGACCAGCUUCGGCGGGCGGCCGUGCGCCAGUCGGACUCCUGGCGUGUACGCACGCGUGAAAUCGGAACUCUCGUGGAUCGAGAGCAUUGUCUGGAGCUGACAACGCUGCUGCUCGGAUGUGAAAACUUCAGAUUUUGUCAGAUCAUUCAUUUUCAAUGAACAAAACCCCGUCAAAUGUUUAAUUUCCAUGUUUCUGUUUCACUCCUACGCGUUGAUAUUUAAGUGUUGAUAUAAUGUUUAUUUAUUAUUGUAAUAUUUUAGUUUUUUAAGUAAAAUAUAUUUCGUUCUUCGUGUAUAUUAGAGCUAAUUUCUGGC